AUGGAAACUACACCUUCAUAUUAUUAUUACGUUGAUCCAGAAGUGACGUAUACUCCACAACAACCUAAUCCUUUAGAUGAUUUAAUGUCAGUAUAUGGCUUAAGUGAUUUAGCAAAUCAAGUGGCCAGAACUAAUAAAGAUGGUUCUAAAGCUGUUAAACUGCGGAAAUCUUAUAAGAAUCAAAUAAGUGAUUUAUCUGCUAAAUUUUCAACAAUACCGAAUAGAGAAAAUGGGAAAGGUGGAGAAAUUGCCAAUAUCGUGUUUCAAAAUAAUCAAGAUAUGUUAGCACAAGUAACGCGAACUCCUGAAAUGACUGACCAAGAUUAUCAUAAUGCUAUGAUUAAUAGAGAUGCUUCUUUAUUUAAUGCACCAAAUAUGGAUUGGAAUCUUUGUCAGGAUGUAUUAUCACAAUUUGGUAGAUCAUAUCCAUCCGAAUUCCAAGAUCAACAAGGUUUCCAAAUUGAUGAUUUAGCAUUUGAUUUGGAUGGUACAGGAAAGAUGACAAAGAAAAGAAAAAAUAGAUCAAGCGGAAGUUCAAUUGCAACUCCAAAUAGCGAUGUUCCUGAUGAUUUAAAGAGAAGAAGAUUAGAAUGA